AUGAUCUUCCUUCCUGCCUUCCCUGAUUCAUCAACCUUCUGGAACACCGACCACAACCAGCUUCAGCUGCAACAAUUCGGCACCAACAAUCAUAGUACUACUACUUUUUCACCUGCUAGUCCUAGUGAUGGAGAAUGCAGCAACAACAACAACAACAACAACAACAACAACAACAACAACAACAACAACAACAACAACAACAACAACAACAACAACAACAAGAACAACAAUCAAAAACGGUUCAUGGCCAUGGCCAAGGCCGGCUCCUGCGCUGCAGGGGGUGGCGAUGAUGGUUGCGGCGGUGCUGGGGACGGCGAUUGCGGUGGCAAUGGGAAAAGCAAGUCGAUGUCCAUGUCGGAGCGAGCACGGCUAGCGCGGUUGCCGCAACCGGUGUCGGGACUCAACUGCCCGCGAUGCGACUCCACCAACACCAAGUUUUGCUACUUCAAUAACUACUCCCUUACGCAGCCCCGCCACUUCUGCCGCUCCUGCCGCCGCUACUGGACCCACGGUGGCAUGCUUCGCAACGUGCCAGUCGGCGGGGGGUAUCGUCGCCAUGCCAAGCGCAGGGCCAAGCCUAAGGUGGUGUCAGACACCUCCCGAGCCGCUAUGGUAGGGACGUCUUCCGUGACAUCAACUAUGUCCAGCAGUACAACAUAUGUCACCGGCACCGGCACUGCACCACCCAGAUUGCAGUACCCCAUGUUCAGUAGCGCGCCAUCGCACGAUAACCAGUUCGUCGAUAGCUUCGACCCAGCGAAUAUUGGUCUCAGCUUCCCCAUUAGGCUGCUCUUUGCCGAUAGCGAUGCUUACGCAAUGGACGACUGUGCGCAGAACCACCACCACCAUGCUCAUGGGAACGGGAUGGAGCAGUUGUCGGCAACGCGGAAUAGUUUCCCAUUCAUCCACGUGGUGGAUCAUCAGAUGUCUGGACUACCAGCUGAAGCAAUGCCCAUCACGAUGGCUGCGAUGGAGGGCAUGUUCCACCUAAGGUUACAGAGCGUCGGCGGGGGUACUGGCGACGAGAUAGGAGGCCAACAGUUGCACCACCCGCUGGCCAAGAGAAACCACAAGCGCCAGGAUUACCCGAGCAGCAGGGGCAUGUAUAGGGACGUGGUCAAUGGCAAUUGCGGCGGCGAUUACAUUUAA